AUGGCCAAGAUUUCGCGUGGUGCCCCUGGUGGCAAGCUGAAGAUGACCCUGGGUCUGCCUGUGGGUGCCGUCAUGAACUGCGCAGACAACUCGGGCGCUCGCAACCUGUACAUCAUCUCCGUCAAGGGUAUCGGUGCCCGUCUGAACCGCCUGCCUGCCGGCGGUGUGGGCGACAUGGUCAUGGCUACCGUCAAGAAGGGCAAGCCGGAGUUGCGAAAAAAGGUCCACCCCGCCGUUAUUGUCAGACAAUCCAAGCCAUGGAAGCGCUUUGACGGUGUCUUUCUGUACUUUGAGGAUAAUGCCGGUGUGAUUGUCAACCCCAAGGGCGAGAUGAAGGGCUCUGCCAUUACCGGCCCCGUCGGCAAGGAAGCCGCUGAGCUGUGGCCCCGUAUCGCCUCCAACUCUGGCGUCGUCAUGUAA